AAUAUAUCAUAUUUCACACUCAGUGCAUACUUUAACAUAGGGGCUUUUAGAUAUGUGUUUUUCAUGAUCACUAUGUGUCUUUAUGUUAUGAUUGUUGGUGCCAACCUUUUGCUGAUUGUGGUUAUCUGUGUGAACAGAAGCUUACAUGAACCUAUGUACAUUUUUCUGUGCAGCCUGUUUGUAAAUGAACUGUAUGGUAGUACAGGCUUGUUUCCAUUCCUUCUGGUUCAGAUCCUCUCUGACACUCACACUGUUUCUGCUCCUUUUUGUUACCUGCAGAUUUUCUGGUUGUACUCUUAUGCAUGUAUAGAAUUUAAUAACUUAGCCGUCAUGUCUUAUGACAGAUAUCUCGCUAUCUGUUAUCCUCUACAAUAUAACAAGCGUAUGACAUUUCACAAAGUCGCAGUGCUUAUCAUUGUCAUAUGGUUAUAUUGUUCUGUUUUAUGUUUUAUUCCAAUAACCCUGAGUGUUCCUUUGCAGCUGUGUGGGAACAUCAUUAACAAAGUGUACUGUGACAACUUCUUUAUUGUUAAACUUGCAUGUUCUGACACAACAGUCAAUAGCAUUUAUGGACUCAUUGCUACUUCCCUUGUAGUCUUUGGUCCUGUAUCUUUAAUCGUUUACACUUAUUUAAAGAUUCUUCAAGUGUGUUUUUCUGGCUCAAAACAGACGAGACAGAAAGCUGUCAGUACCUGCACACCUCACCUCGCUUCUCUGCUCAACUUUUCCUUUGGGGCUUUAUUUGAAAUUAUACAGAGCAGGUUUAAUAUGAACAGUGUGCACAUCAUUCUGCGCAUUUUGUUAUCCUUGUACUUUCUCACAUUCACGCCGUUCUUCAAUCCUGUAAUGUACGGUCUGAAACUGUCCAAAAUCCGUAUCACAUGUAAAAGUCUGAUUUCAGUGCGUCGUCAACAUUAA